GUCGGCACUGUACCUAGAUAAUUCAUCCUCUUUAAGUUUGUUGCGGUAACUUACUGAACUAUAGAUACUAAAGAUAGUAUCGAACUAUCGAUAGUAACAAAUUAUAUCGACUAUUGCCCAACCCAACAACUCGUUAGUCAGAAAUUGAAUUUUAAUAUAAAAUUAAAAAUCACUCUUUUUUUUUUUAUUCAGCUAUAAUUGCGUAAUACAAGAUAACAAAAACAAUAUAAACCCGUUCAUAUUAUCGAUUCCCGUUUCAUUUUUCCUCAUCAUUUUAUAUCAGGUAGAUAAGAACCUACAUAUAUAGAAGCAGAUUCUAUUAGAUAUUUUAGAGAUGUUAUUGCUUUGGUUGGUAUCGGCUAUAACAAAUGUGUUGGGGGCAGAAUUGCAAGUACUUACCUCCAAAGGAAUUCUGAAAGGUGCAUCACUUACUUCUAGGGAUGGUAGAGAAUUCUAUGCUUUCACAGGGGUACCUUAUGCAAAGCCACCGUUAGGAAAUCUACGAUUUAGGGAACCUCAACAUGCCAAUUCUUGGUCUGGUGUACUUGAUGCCAGCAAACCUAGCCCUCCCUGCUUACAAAAUUCUGGUAACAAUAAUUUUACAGGACAAGAAGACUGCUUGUAUCUUAAUGUCUACACACCAAAGGUAAAUGCUUCAUUGCCAGUAAUCUUUUAUGUACAUGGUGGAGGUUGGUCUUUUGGUUCCUCGGGGCCUGCUCAUACCCUAAGGUAUUUCAUGGAUGAGGAUGUGGUUUUUGUCAUGGUAAACUAUCGUCUGGGACCUUUAGGUUUUCUUAGUACAGAAGAUAGCAUAUUACCAGGAAAUAUGGGGCUAAAAGACAUGGCCUUAGCUUUGAAAUGGACAAAAGAUGAAAUAAAAAAUUUUGGUGGUGACCCUAGUCUUAUUACUGCUUUUGGAUUCAGUACCGGAGCUGCUUCAGUCCAUUAUUUGUGUUCUGUUCCGAAAACCAGAGGCAUGUUGAAAGGUUGUAUUUCACAAAGUGGUGCAGGUGGUUCUCACUUUUCUUUAAGAAAGCCAGGCAAAGCUAAGAAAGCAGCUGAAGUUAUUGCUAAAGCUGUCGGCUGUCAAACUGAAGAUCUUGUGCCAUGCCUUCAAUCCAAGUCGGCUCAAAAAAUCACAGCAGCUGAAAAGCGUCUCAGAUUUUGGGUGGGAGAACCUUUGGUGGUAUUUGGGCCUGUGUUGGAACCUCCAAGCAAUACUUCGCUAUUGACCAACUGGCCUAUUAAUGAUGCACACUUUCCAUGGUUGUUGGGAAUUUGUGGAGAUGAAGGAGCUGGCAAAGCAGCUGAUCUUAUUCUUAAUUGGAAUGAUGCAAUUUUAAAUGAUUUUACUCAACAUCGAGAAGAGUAUAUUCAAAGAAUGAUGAAUCUUGAAAAUAAAGAUGAAGUAAAGAAAAUAAUUGAAAGAUUUUUUAAAAAGGAUGUAAUUACAGGAAUAUGGAAGCUGUAUUCAGAAGGUUAUUCUACUUAUCCACCAUUAAAUUCAGCUCAAGAACAUAAAGGACCCAAAUACUUUUAUGUCUUUAAUUAUACAAGUGGUCCUUCAAUGACGGAAUUCCGAGCUAAAAAAAAAGUGAAUAUAACAGGUAUACAAUUUAUUAUUCUACAAGAUAAAAUCAUUAACUCAAUUGUAAUACUAAAUUAAAUUCUGUAAACUUCAAUGUAUCAUCUUUAUGCUGAAGUUUUUGAGAAACCAUGAAAUAUAAUUAGAAAUAGUUUUUUUUUUUGUUUUUUAUAUAAAAGAUAUUUUUUUACACUGAAUACAAGUUUUGAUUUAGUCAAUUCCAAACUAAAUAUGAUCAGGAGGAGUGGACCAGAGAGAUGAUUAUUCUGACUUCUUUGAAUUUGAAAACAUUUCAGCAAUAGCUCAUCAAUUUCUUUAUGGAUGUAAUGAUUUUUUUUUUUUAUAUUUAACAAAUCCACUUUCUUAUAAGCUUUCAAAUCAAGGCUCAAUUUUUUCAAAUCAAAGAUAUGCUUAAGCGAUUUGACAUAGACCUAUCAAAAAAAUUAAUAAAAAUAUUGGUUAAUUUUGCAAAAAAUCAGACACCAAAUCAAAAAGGAUUUCAUCCUGAGUGGCAUUCAUUUGGACACAAGGGCCAAUAUUUGGAAAUAUCCAACAAUGGAUUGAUAAUGAAGAAAUUUAAGAAAAUGGAUGAGAUCAUCAAUUUUUGGAAGCAUAUAAAAUAGCACGUAGAUUAUUCCAAAGAACAUUAUUAUUUAUAACAAAAUUGAUUGUAAUUUAACAAAGAAAUUAAUUUAUAAUCUGAAAAUAACUAGGCAAUAAAUAGCCUAAAAUGCAUAAUGAAAUAAAUGAUUAAAUGAUAAUUAUAAAAUAAAUUAAACGAAUCACUCAUAUCAUUUCAUCAUCUAUCUCUCCAGUUCAUACUGCACUAUGGAUAAGUGAGAAAUUUUUUUGAAUGAAAUUAGUAUAAGUUGUUUUAAAAACUAUUAUCAGGUUCAUACUGAAGAAGGCAAUCACCUAAGGUUGAGUUAUUGACAUUUAAUGAAUUUGAAAGAAAAUGUUCUGCAAUGUUCAAGCCAACUCUAAACAAAACAGAAACAAAAGCCUUGGACACUUGCACAUUAAACCUCUAAUCAGCUAUCAAACUGAAACAAACGGCAUAUGGCUAUGUUGAGUUCCGAAAAUCAUCCUAGGGUGAUUUGCGACAUUGGUACCAAAACUGAAAAAGCAAUGAAAUGGCCCAAUGGUUUCAGAGAAAAUCUGGGAACAGUGAACAGGUAAUUAUUUAGUUUUUGGAUUCUAAGUAUCUUGAACAAAAAAAUAGUAGUGUGAGUUUUAGUCGGCAUUGAUUUUAUGCAACCCAUACAGAAUUAAUCUGGCAAAAAUAUGCAGGAAACUAGUAUAAUCCCUCCCCCUUCUUAUUCUAAUUCAAAUUUUAAAAAACAAUUAUUCAAACAAAAUAAAAAUAGUAGGAAAAUAUAAAAACAGAGACAAAAUAACCAAGGAGAGUCAAAUAAAAACAGGUAAAGUUAACAUUCACUUGUUUAUUUUUAUUCAUACACCACCCUCUCAAAAUAAUAUAAUUAUAAAUACAUGUUAUUUCAUAAUAUUAAUAAAAUUAUGAUUUGUAAUGUGUAGAAAAAAGAAAGAAAACAAAAAAUACUGGCACACAAUUCCAAAAUUAUAUAAUCUCAAACUUAUUUCAUAAAAGCAAUGAUACUCAUGUUUUUUUUUUUUUGUUUUUUUUUUUACCUUUUUUGUUUUUCCUUUUUAAAAUAAAAGGCACUUAAAAUAGGGGCAUCUAUUAGUUUAAUAUCAUUUAUUCUACAUAUAAAUAUAACAUAUUGUAACAAGUGUGCGUUUUACGUCCAUAAUGGUCCUUCGAUUAGAGGCCAUCAAUAAUAUGCCCAUGUUUUAACAAGGCACUUCGUAUAGUUUUUUUUUUAUAUAUAUUAUUUAGUAAAGAAUAAUUUAAUUAAUGUAACUAUAUAGUCCAUAAAAACAUGGUUAAAUUAAAUUUAUUACAAUAUAUAUUUACAUUUGUACAUAAUUUGAAACACGAAUACAUUUUACGUGAAAAUGAUAAUAUGGCAAAAAUGAUUGCCUUUUAGUAUAGAUUUAUUGCAUUUCCUUAUUCAUAUACAUUUUUUUAUUUAUUAUUGACAUGUUUCAUUUUAUCUAGGAUACAAUUUGACAAGUACCUUGAAGUUCUGCUAGUACUAUUUAAUAUUACAUAACAUUACAUAAAUAUAUUUAUUUACACAAAGGGUUAUUUCAUAAGAAGCAGAAAAAUAAAUAUAAAAUCCAUUCUAUUUUAUUCUUAUAAAUCAUUUUUCUGAUCUACUAAAAUUAAAAAUUUAUAAUACAAAUUUCAUUCAUAUUAAAAGCUAAAGCUAUGAUUUUGAAAUAAGUGUAUACUAUAUUAAAAUGAUCUUCAAAGCAUGUCACAAACAAUUAAAAAAACUUCAUUUCUCUAGGCACUGAUGUUUAAAUUAAAAAAAAAAAAAAUGGGGAGUUAAUUAUUAUUUAUCCUGUCUAGUAUCACAGACAAUACUUACACACACACACACACACAUAAACACAUCAUACUCAAAAGUGUCUAUUAAAAAUUGGCUUUGACUAUUUACACAAACGAGUAUUGCACAACCAAUUCAGAGGAAUUCGGAGAAGAAAAUUUUCUUUUACGCAUAAUAUUAAAAAUACAAAUGAAAAUCCAGAGGAGCUUGAUGGAUGUACUAGCACCAAUCAGCCAUGUAGGUGAAAUCUUUGAACAAAUCUUGCUCAUUAUUAGUUAACGGUCUCGGAUCUUUUGGUGGAGUUAAAUGUGGUUUUUCAGAAGUGAACUCUUCAUCAAAGUUGCUAACGUCUUCAAGCGAUGCCUAAAAAAAAAAAUAAAAAAAAAUAGGUUAAAUUGUUAGUAAUAGGGCUUUAGAGGAUUUCAAUUAACGGAUUUACAGUAUCCUUUUAAUCAACUCUGAUAUCUAAAUAUUGUUUAUUUGGAGCUGAUAUAUAAAAACCUUCUUUUACACGAUGACAGUUUUCUGUUGUAAUGCUAUCAUAAUAGUGAGUUAGAGACAGUUUUUCCUUAUCCUACGAUAUUAUUUAAGAAAUAUUCACUAAUAUAUGCAUACAUUAAAAAAUUACAAAAUCAUCUUGUAAUACAAACAUAAUUACAUUUGUAAAAAAUAAUGAAAGAUUAAGGAAAGAAACAUCAGUUUCAUUUUUUUACAGUUUGAGUUUGUCCUCCGGCUGCCAAUUAAUCUUGAGGAAGUUAAUUAAUUAAUUUCAAUACAGAACUAAUUUAAAGUAGACUAAAUUAAUAAAAAAGCAUUUAAAUAUAUUUUUUUUAUUAAUGCUAAACAAUAGUUUUUAUUCAUCCUCCAAGAAUAAGAUAAUAUAAAACGUUAUAUAGAAUUAAUUAUAUAUAAAUUCAGAGGUAGUCAAAUCAUAACAUCACAAUGAUAUUUGGGAAUAAUAUUUUCCAUAACAAUCACCAUAGGCUUAGUUAUGGUGCGAUAAUUCACUGCAAAGGCUUACUUAUGUAGCAUAAUAGGUGCAGUCAACAGUUAUCUAAGACUUGAUUGUGUGACUACAAAUGCUGCCAUGGCAGCAACUGUUGCAGUAGAGACAGCAAACUGUCAUCGCAUAAAUGUGCCUUAUAUUUAUACUAACAAGCUAAAAUACAUUAUUUAUACAAAAAAUAAAACAGUAAUAGAAAAAAAUUGGCAAAAUAAUUUCUGUAAUGGAUAUUUUCAUUAUGACUUAUUCUUAGUCCUUUUAUCAUUCAUGAAUCACCAAGACUACUGUUCAUUCUGAAUGCUAAAUCUACAAUAAUAAUACAUAGUAAUCUGUAUAAAAUAUCUCAAACUACGGAAUCAUAAUAACAAUUGGUAUUGCAGUGGCGGUUAUUCCAUUCUCGCACAUUCCUCUUGGCUUUAGAAAAGCAAAAUGCAAUCAUAAAAUAAUUCACAGAAGAACCUUGCAUAAAGGAGGGGAAAUGACCUCCUAAUACAGAACUUUAGAAAGCUACCACCUUCUCUAACAGCCACCAUUUUGAUUUGAUUUACAAUCUUUCGAUCGUGUGUAAUAAUUUGCAAGCUGCUUGUAAUUUUGAUACAAUUAAACCAAUAGCUUAAAAAUUAUGAACACAAUUGGUAUAAUAUGCUUCUUUACCUUAACUUUAUAAUAAUAAAAAGAAAAAGAAAUUAUUUAUUAUAAAUUGAGUAAAUUCACAGAAAGAAAAUGACUUUAUGGUGAGAUGCAACCCGCAAUCCUAGAGUAGUGAUGUUCCUCUGCCCGAGAGUGGAUUGGUAGCGCUUUGAAGGUGUAUUGUCUACCAAAAAUACACCGUGAGUACACUGAUGUAGCAAAAUAAUGUUCCAUAUUGCUAGGGUGUAAGAAUUUUUUAUGACAGCUAAUAUAACAUACAAAAGUUAAUUUCAUCUCCAAUUUAUCAAUCAUUAAGAAAAAGAAAACACUCUUUAAUUCCCACUGACAUUUCUAUUUGAUUAGAAACAACUCUACACUGAAGAGUAUUCAUAACAUCUUUGACCAACAUAAUUGUAUUUUUGUUAAAACCUUUUGCCACUAUCUAGGAACCGCCACUGAUUAAUUACUGUAAUACAAGAAUAAAAUAAUAUAAUUUAAAUAAGUUUUCUUUAGUGAAUACUCAAAACAGUUGGUAACUACCUUUGACAUAACUGACAAUGAAAAAAAUAAUAUUAAAAAAAAAAUAAUAUACAGCAAGAACAUGCAGGUUGUAGAGGCUAAUGGCAAUCAUGAAAAAGAAAACUACAACAAAAUUCAUUCAAAUGAAAAAAAAAGAAAAGUCAUUCAAGUACUCUAACCUGGCUCGUUGCGCUAUUAACCAUAUCUGCAAACUAAAACAAACAUACAGGAAUAACUAUAAUUCCAUCAUAAAAAUAUACUACCACUCAAUAUUAUGAACAAUUAGAUAGCAGAUUUUAUCUAAGAAGAGGAAACAAUAUAAUUCUAUAGCUUCACAAUUAGCAUCAACACCUAAAUAAAAUAUUAUUAAUAAUGCAGAAGAAUAAUUAGUAAAAAGAGAAUCAGUUAUUACCUAAAUAGAAAGCUGGACAUAGUUUCAUUAUUAUUAAUACUAUUUUUCAUUUAUUUACUUUUGUAAGUUAAUAAGUUAACAGUUUCUCAUCUGGUCUUUUCUUAGCUCAGAACUUUGGGCCGACAUUUCGGCAAAUAUAAAAAUAAAUAUAAUUUAUUUAUUUUCAGUUUUUGUUUUACUGAACACCCCAACCAACUUCUCUUCAAUUACUUAGAAUAACAUACCUUUUCAUAAUUUACAUUUAUUUAUGAAUUACAUUUAUAAUUUACAUAACAAAUCUUCACCAGGUCAAUUUUUGGGCCCUGGUUCUAGGGCUAUUUUGUUCUCACUUUUAACAUUACACUACUUUUUUUUUUUUUGUUAGUUGUAAAUGUAAUUUGGAAAAAAAAAUUAAAAAAAUAGAGACUAUAGAAAUUGGGAAAUCUCAUCCAUCUUAAAUGAAUAUACUAGCAUAUCUACUAAAACACCUCUGUUGAUUGAUAGGGAAAUUAACGAAGUAGUCCAGUACCUUUUCCACCUGAACGAAAUUAGAUUCUUUGUGAGGUUGAAAUGCACUGAUGAAUGGAAAGAAAUCUACUAAACAUGUGCCGUAAUGUGUAGUAAAAGACACCCUAAUACUAAACAAAGUUUAAAUAUUUAUAAAUGUCAAUUUUCCCAACUAUUUAGAUAUAUAUGCAAGUAUAUUCCCUUAGAAUGGAAUUUUUUUUUUUGUAGUUUAUUUAUUUUUUUAAAUAGAAUAUUUGUUUUCAUUUUAACAGUUAGUUUUUUAAGUAUUAAAAAUUUUUAUUUAACAUUUAUUAUCAUGAUCUUAUACAUGAUAUGAGUUAUUUAUUUCUAAAGUAAACUCUAAUCAUUAUUAACAAUUUUUUUAGGAAAUUUAAACAAAUAUAUUUUCUAUUCCAAUUGUAAUACCAAAAUCUGUAUUUUUAAAAAUUAAAUUUACAAACUUUUUAUUUGUGGGAAAUAUUCUGGCAAAUCAUUGUUUACUAUAAUAGUAAUUAAAAAAAAACAUAAAAUUUGAAUAGGGUCCAGUUAGAAAAGAAAUGAACUUAGAGGCCCAUUUAAAAAAAAGAAAUAGAUUAGGGUUUGUUUUGGAAAGAAAAGAGGUGUAUGUUUUGAUGAAAAAAAGUUAUAAAAAUUGUACUACAAAAAAUUAACAAUUCAUUUACAAUAAAAUACAUUUAUUUUUAAUUUUCAUUUGAAUAAAAUGGCUCAAAAAAGCUUUUGAUGAUUUUUUUUUUAUUAAGAAUCCUUAAGAAAUAUAAGUUUCAUUUUAUUCCUUGCAAUAAGAGGCCGGUUUCGGGAAUAAACUUACUGCUAUUAUGUUAUUGAAAAAAAUAAUAGCAUCAUCGAAUUGGGUGUUUUUACAUUUACAUAGCAAUCAAUAUUUAUCUUAAUUUUCAUAAAAAUUUAUUAUGGUUCACUUCGGAAAUUAGCAAUUCAUAUGAUAUGAAAUCAACAAAAAUUUUAGAAUACUUAAGAUAUAAAUAUAUAUUUUUUUCAGGUUAUUGAAUUCAAAUUGUUUCAAACCAUUCAGGAGACCACACUGAAUAAUUUAACCAUUUAACUUAAACAUCGGUCAAGCCAUUCCCUCAAUAAGUCAUUGCAUAACUUUAAAGGGACAAAUAAUAUACAUUUUAAACAAUGAUGUGUCGAUGUUGUGAGCCCGAAUUGUUUCAAAACAAUCUGGAUCUCAUCACAUAAUUUGAGCUAUCAAACAUUAAAAUCUUUCCAGCUGUUAAUAAUACAACACUUGUUUCGAUGCAAUAAUGUAUUUUUUACCUAUAAACAUCCAGAACAUGUAAGAGUGUUGCAAUUAUUACAUUUUUAUCUCUAAUAAAUUAUUUCCUUGUAAUUUUAUAUUCCUUAACACAGUAAAUUUUCAUAUUAAUCAAGAUUGAACCAUUUAUAAUGGCAGAUGAGUGUGCAUUAGCGAACAAUCCAAACAAAUAACCCUCCACCUGGCUUCGCCAUAGUUUUUUUUUUUAUUGAUCAACCCAUUCUUCUCUUCAAUCAUUCACUUCAGUCAACCAUCAAUCCACAAUUUUGUUUAUUCUUAUUAACCUUCUUAUUUUAAUGAGUAAAAAUAAAAACAAAUUUAAACAGAUAUAGAGAAUAAUAGAAAUAAAUUUACUUACCACGGUCGGUACGAAAGGUGGUUUUAUUCUUCUCAUUAGCAACUCUUCCCAGGCGAUAUUUCUGAAGAAAGCCUGCUUCUUAACAUCCUCAGCAUCCCUUUCCGUUGAACCAAGUCUUCGUUCAGGAUUUUUCCUCAGUAACUGCAUUUCGAAUAGUUUGUUAUAUAGUUGUAUAUAAUAUUUACAAUUGUGAUAUAGAACAAAUUAUCAACUUAAAUAUAUUCCAGUUAUAAUAUUAUAUUUAAAAGAAAGAAAGAAAAAAAUACAAGAACACAAAUUAUAGCCAGUUAUAUAAGAUUUAAUAUUUAUACAAAAAAAAUGAGUGUCAAACUUUUCACUUGCAGACAAAUAUAUUAAAGUAUGAGAUAAACUUAUUAAAAAAAAAUCACAUAGAAAAUAAAAAUUACCCUCCUCAUGAUGGCAAUAGCUUCAAGUGAAAGGAACCUGGGAUAGCGUACUUCAUCAUUCACUAUUGAAUCAAAUACCUCCUCUUCGUCAUCUCCCGGAAAUGGGGACUAAAAUAUUAUGUGCAUAUUACACUACUGCAGAAGACUUAUUUCACUAAAUUAUUACAAAGUAACAGAGAAACAAAAGUAAUAAAAUAUUAUUUGAAUAACUUACCUCACCAACUAACAUCUCAAAGAUGAGAACUCCAAGGCCCCACCAGUCUACGGCCCUUGUGUAACUGGUCUCCGUCAAUACUUCAGGAGCGAGAAACUCUGGCGUACCACAAAAAGUGCCGGUUCGGUCUCCGAAUCCCAUUCCCUCUUUACACAAACCAAAAUCAGCUAUUUUGACAUAGCCUUCUGUAUCCAACAAUAAAUUGUCCAAUUUCAAAUCUCUAAAAACAAAAAUAAAAUUAUUAAUAACAAAAUAGAUUAAAACAGGAAAAGAGAAACAAUGGAAAAUAUAAUCACCGAUAGAUGAUACUGCUCUCGUGAAGAUAUUGGAGACCAAGAACAACACAAGCCGCAUAAAAUACUGCACGUGGUUCUGAGAAUACAUCAGCAUGUAUAUGCAUCAUCAGGUCGCCACCAGGUGCAUAUUCCAUGACAAAACAAACAUGUGCCUGAAAUGCAAAGAGUUAUUAAAUUUUUUUUUUCAGAUUUAGUAUGAAAAGGAACUAACAAUUGUGUUAUAUAAACACACAAUAAACAUGUUUUCCGAAGUAUAACUUCUUUAAAAUAGAACUACAGCCUGCUUUAAAUCUAACCAUCCCUAAUUUAUUUUAGUCUAUUUUGGUUGAAAGGAGGACCAAAUCUCCUAAAAACAGUAAAGAGAUGGUUUGGUAAGAUGGUCAUAAAAAAACCUUAAAAUAGUGUAAACUAUUUUAUUAAGAGGAUGUUUAAAUCCAACUAUGCAGGUUUUCAUCAGAGCCAGAAAGAACAAGAUACCUAAAUAAAAAAUUAAUAAAAUUAUUAACAGAGGAAAUAAAAAGUAUUAAGAACAUUCAAAUACGAAACCAAGUAAUCACAAACUAUACCUAGUCCUGCCAUAAAUAUUGCUACAAGGAAGAUGAUUGAUAAGAUUUUAAAAUUAAACUAGCACCAUAAGUUUCAAUCAAAAUUAUCAAAAGUAAGUAUAAAUCAAAUAUUAUAAUCCAUAAUUACCUCAGUUUGAAAACAAGCGAAUAGAUUAACCAAGAAAGGAUGCCUCAUAGCAUUAGCGACUUCGAAAAUUCUCUUUUCUGACAGCAGUGAUUCUACUUCAUCUCUUGCGAUUAUAUCUCCUUUCUUCAAUGCUUUAAUAGCAAAAUAUUCACCGGUAUUCUUAUAUUGCGAAAGUAUAACCUG